AUGUCGUUAUCCAUUGCUUCUCUGUUUUUGGGGAUAAAGGACUAUUCCCUGGAGGAGCUUGUGACCAUAGUUUGGUUCAGAAGAGACCUACGGAUCGAAGAUAAUCCUGCAUUAGCCGCUGCUGCUCACGAAGGAUCCGUUUUUCCUGUUUUCAUUUGGUGCCCUGAGGAAGAAGGACAGUUUUAUCCAGGAAGGGCUUCAAGAUGGUGGAUGAAACAAUCGCUGGCUCACUUAUCUCAAUCCUUGAAGUCUCUUGGAUCCGAGCUCACUCUUAUCAAAACACACAACACCGUCUCCGCCAUCUUGGAUUGUAUCCGUGUAACCGGUGCCACAAAAGUCGUCUUUAAUCACCUCUAUGAUCCUGUUUCGCUAGUUCGGGACCAUACCGUAAAGGAGAAACUGGUGGAACGUGGGAUCUCUGUGCAAAGCUACAAUGGAGAUCUACUGUAUGAGCCCUGGGAGAUUUACUGCGAAAAAGGCAAACCUUUUACGAGUUUUAGUUCUUACUGGAAGAAAUGCUUAGACUUGUCGAUUGAAGCUGUUAUGGUUCCUCCUCCUUGGCGGUUGAUGCCUGUAACUGCAGCUCCUGAAGCGGUUUGGGCAUGUUCAAUUGAAGAACUAGGGCUAGAGAACGAGGCCGAGAAGCCGAGCAAUGCGUUGUUAACUAGAGCUUGGUCUCCAGGGUGGAGCAAUGCUGAUAAGAUACUAACCGAGUUCAUCGAGAAGCAGUUGAUAGAUUACGCAAAGAACAGCAAGAAAGUCGUCGGGAACUCAACCUCGCUGCUGUCUCCGUAUCUCCAUUUCGGGGAAAUAAGUGUCAGGCGCGUUUUCCAAUGUGCCCGGAUGAAACAAAUCAUAUGGGCGAGAGAUAAGAACGGCGAAGGAGAAGAAAGCGCCGAUCUUUUUCUCAGAGGGAUUGGCCUGAGAGACUACUCUCGGUACAUAUGUUUCAAUUUCCCCUUCACUCACGAGCAGUCGUUGUUGAGUCACCUUCGGUUCUUCCCUUGGGAUGCUGAUGUCGAGAAGUUCAAGGCCUGGAGACAAGGCAGGACUGGAUAUCCUUUGGUGGAUGCCGGAAUGAGAGAGCUUUGGGCUACCGGAUGGAUGCAUAACAGAAUAAGAGUGAUUGUUUCGAGCUUCGCUGUGAAGUUUCUUCUUCUUCCAUGGAAAUGGGGAAUGAAGUAUUUCUGGGAUACCCUCUUGGAUGCUGAUUUGGAAUGUGACAUCAUCGGAUGGCAGUAUAUCUCCGGGAGCUUACCCGAUGGCCACGAGCUUGAUCGCUUGGACAAUCCUGCGAUACAAGGCGCGAAAUAUGACCCGGAAGGCGAGUACAUAAGGCAAUGGCUUCCUGAGCUAGCGAGGUUGCCAACGGAAUGGAUCCAUCAUCCAUGGGAUGCUCCUGUAACUGUACUCAAAGCCUCUGGUGUGGAACUCGGAACAAACUAUGCGAAGCCCAUUGUAGACAUCGACACAGCUCGUGAGCUACUUGCUAAAGCCAUAUCAAGAACUCGUGAAGCACAGAUCAUGAUCGGAGCAGAGCCUGAUGAGAUUGUGGUGGAUAGCUUCGAGGCCUUGGAGGCUAAUCUCGUUAAAGAACCCGGUCUUUGCCCUUCUACGUCUUCUAAUGACCAACAAGUACCUUCGGCUGUUCGUUACAAUGGGUCAAAGAGAGUGAAACCUGUGGAGGGAGAAGGGAGAGACAUGAAGAAACCUAGAGGAGUUGAUGAAGAUGAUAGAGAAGAAAGGGACUUGUUCUCGACUGCUGAAUCUUCUUCUUCUUCGACGGUUAGGAGCGUGUUCCUGGUUUCGCAUUCGUGUUCGUUGGUAUCGGAAGGGAAGAAUUUGGAAGGUAUUCAAGAUUCUUCUGAUCAGAUUACUACUACAAGCUUGGGGAAAACUGUCGAACGGGAAGCAACUCCGGCGACUCAUAUGGCGUCGUCGAAGGGAGGAAACACCAUCGCCCACAUCAAUACUCUUCACAACCGUCUUUAUCACGCUCUUAAUCUCGGCUUCAGGAGGGUGUGUGAUGAGAAGGAGAAGAAGUGGGAGUGUACUGAUGUCGAGAUACAGAGGCAUGUCGUGAGGUCGAUUUCAGCUUUUCUUGAUUGUUUUUCUCGAGGAACAGCAAACAAUCGCCUUAUCAAGGAUUCUGUUUCUGACAUAGCCGAGGCCUUGGUGUUUAUUCUAGGAUAUAAAAACAGAGCAGUGGUGGGUUCAGCAGCCAAUGUAGUCAUUAGGCUGAUCCGUAUUGUUCCUCCUUCUAUCCUGCAAUCGCAUUCUUUGGAUCUUGUGGAUUCUUUAUCACCACUGUUAAGCUGUCAACAAUUGGACGUCUCCCUUCCCUGUGCUGUUGCUUUGAACGCAAUUCUCUUAAACGUAAGAGAAACGAAGGAGAAACAAGUGUGGAAGAUUUUAAAAGAUUCAAAAACUGUGGCUUCCGUCACUGGUAAUCUGCAGAGCUUCUCCGAGGGGAGUAUGUCAGUGGAAUGGUUUCAGGAGAUGGCUUCGCUUUUGAGUACAAUAAUGUUGAAGUGGCCUCAGUCAAGGUUCGCUGUCUGGCACAACCCCGCCUUGAUGGUUAUGCUGGAGAGUGUUAGUCAGAAGCCUGAUAUGGGCUUGAAAUUUGCAACUUUGAAGCUGUAUUCUUCUGUAGCUCUUUGUGGUCAUGGUGCCAAUGAGCUUCUAGAUAAUGGGAAGCCUAUGUUAGAUAUGAUGAUUUGCUGCAUGGACGAAUCAAGCCCCCAAAACGCUCGAAUUGAGGGGUUAAAGCUAGCACAAAGGCUUGCGACAGGUAACCAAGAGUGCUUGAAGAUGAUCAACAUAUGUUCUGAGCCUUUAGUAAAGGCUGCAGUUUGGACCAUGGGUAAGUGGUUCGUAAGCUCCGGAAAGCUUGAACAUGAUCAGAUGUCUUUGCUUGUGGAGGCUUGUAAAGUGGCUCUAAUCACUCGCUGGGAAGGAAAGCAUCACAUAUAUUUCUGGAAGUACCGGAUCUCAGAAGCGCUUCUUAGUCUUGUUGUGGAGAAUUUUCAUAGUCAGUCCUUGGAUGGUUAUGCGUCUCUGGAAGAAGAAAUUUCAGUUGCUGAGAAGGUACUCAAUGCGAAUUUUCUACCUAGCCUGAGGUCAUAUGUUUGGGAUAUAAUUGGAUUCUUGGCAGCUCACUGUGAAGAAGAGUCGGUUCAGAAAGGCUAUCAAAUAUGUCAAAACGAUAUUAUCAGCGCCUCACAAAGCGAGUCAGCGUCAAGAGCAGUGCUAAUGAUGAUAUAUUCUCCCUCCAGAUACAUAUCAUCGAGGGCCAGAGUUACCCUCUCGUUCAUCAUAGGAGAAGAUGGUGAGCAAAACUUGAAUUCCCUUAUGAAUUUCCUAAGUUUUAUUCCAUCUUCUGGAGGUUAUGUACUGCCAAAUAUACUGCAAACUACAGUCUGCUUGGUGGGCUUGGCAUGCUAUUCAUCGAUUCCUCAGUAUGCGAGUUUUAUUUUAAGAAACCAGGGUUUGGAGAUGCUGUUAUCUUUCUGUAGUUGGUAUCAAAGGAAUCGGGACAAUAUUGGAGCAUCAAGUUUUGCUCCUUAUCCCCAGAGCAUCGCUGAGAAGAGGGUAUGUUGCUGGGUGUGUACGGAAGACUGGGACAACAAAGAUGCUUUUCUUCUGUAUGCUCUCUUGGCUUUGGCCGAAUUAGUAAAUCAUUCUUUCACGGAACAGAAUCAUGCCGAAGAGCUUUCGUUGAAAAGAGAAAAUGUGAAAGAUCGGCUAUGCAACACACUUCAGGAGAUACGUGAUGGAACUUAUGGCUCUGGUCCAAGGUGGUAUGCUGGACAUAUCCUGAGCUAUCUCGGAUACUAUGGUUUCCAACAUAAGUUGGGGAAAAGGCUCAUGGGAGCUUAUGAAGAUGAGGAAUGUAGUGACAUGCGACUUCUUUUUGCUAAUGGGAAUAGUGCGAGUGUAAACAAAGUUAUUCUCGCUGUCAGGUGUCCAAUGUUGCUGCCUCCGGAAGAGGGAGCUCACAGUGGAACGACUAUAUCAACUGAAAAGUCUCAGGGAACUGUUCAAGAAAUCCGCAUGUCUGCAAAUGUGGAUACUCUGGCGCUUGUGAAGUUACUGGAGUUUGCCUACUCUGGGUAUGUGGAAGUAGAAAGCACCGUGAGGAAAAAGCUAAAGACUUUAGCGAGACAUUGUAAGUCAAAGGUUCUGCUGCAGAUGCUCUGCAGAAGAAGACCCAAGUGGGGAUCUUCAAUACCCAGAAUUGAUAUACCCCUUGCCCUCACUCCAAAACACAUCCAUUUCUCGGAUGUUAUGUUAGUACCUAAAGAAACGAAUAUGGCUGGCUUCAACUGCCGUUCGUGUUCCAUUACAUCUCCUCAUGCUCACACUCACCGAGUUGUACUGUCUUCAGGCUGUGAAUACCUACGUGCCUUGUUCCGGUCCGGGAUGCAAGAGAGCCAUUUAGACAGAAUAAACGUUCCGGUGAGUUGGCUGGGGUUAGCUAAGCUUGUGAAUUGGUUCUACUGUGAUGAAUUGCCAAAACCUCCAUCGGGUUGCAUAUGGAACAACAUGGACACCGAGGCAAAACUACAUGAGCUUCAAGCUUACGUGGAGAUAUACUCGCUCACCGAGUGGUGGAUGAUGGAAGAUCUUCAAGACGAUUGUGCUAAAGUGAUUCUCUCUUGCUUGGAAUCCGCUAGAGAGUUGUCGAUCAAAGCAAUCGAAUUGGCUGCAAGUUUCUCCAUGUGGAAGCUGGUGGAAGCGGCGGCUGAUCAUGCAGCUCCUAUCUACCACCAGCUUCGUGACUCAGGUGAGCUCGAUGAACUAGAUGAUGAGCUGGUUAACUUGAUCCGCACCGCUGCUGUUCAGUUUUCUCAACAGGGUGGUUAA